AUGUUAUUAAGAAAAUUAGCAUUACUUUAUGAGUUUUGUUAAUAGUCUGCUAGACAAUGCUUUUAAUUUUUAUAAUAAGAUCCUAUUGAGCAAUCGGGAUAGAUUUCAAGUUAAUAUCAAUAAGCAAAUAAAGAUGAAGAGUUAAUUAAGAAAUAACAAUUGAAAUAAGAUUAUGGAGAUUUAGAAGAUUAAGAUACAGAUAAUGUAAGAAUUAGAAUGAAUAUAGCAUUUGAUAGAAUAGGAGAAUCCAUUUGAAAAAUUGAAACCUAGUUUAAAUUUCUAAAACACAAUUCCACAAUAAAAUAGUAAUAAUGUGAAAAUUGAGAAAGAGCAAAUAAAAUAUGACGAAGAGAUGGUUGAUAUUCAUUAAAAUAAUAAUUGGAAUAAUCAUGAACGUGAUCAAGAGAAUGAACAUAUUGAAUUAUGA